GGUUUUGGGUUUUCUCUUUGGUCGAUUUCUCUGUUCUCAGAAUCUCCGAUUAAGCUGCUUCGUAAUCUCUUGUCUGUAUACGCGCGUUUAUAAACUUUUCCGGCGUUUAUUUAGAUAGGUGAUUCAAGUACGACUAGUGAGAGGAGUGUUUUUGCUGACGAAAGCGGAAGCUUUUGUUGCCGUUUGAUUCCGUUCAAUCUGAUUUUGUGGUGUCUGAGUGAAGAAGAGAGAUGUUGGGAGCUGGAUUUCAGUUGACUCAGCUUCAGAGAGCUCAAAGCGACGUCUUUUAUGGCGGCAGAUCGAUUCACACUAAGGAACGCGAGAACGGCUCUGCAUUGCAGAAACACCAUGUUUCUGAGGCUUCUUCAAGUAAUGUGGAACGGUUUUUGCAGUCGGUGACACCAUCUGUGCCGGCUCACUAUUUAUCUAAGACAACAAUAAGGGAAAGGAGAGGCAGUGACAUUGAGUCGCAGAUUCCUUACUUUGUUCUUGGAGAUGUAUGGGAAUCGUUUGCAGAGUGGAGUGCUUAUGGCAUUGGAGUUCCUCUCACUUUGAAUAACAAUAAAGAUCGAGUCUUUCAAUAUUAUGUGCCUUCGCUUUCCGGUAUUCAAGUAUAUGCUGAUGUUGAUGCUUUAACUUCAUCUAUUCAAGCAAGGCGGCAAGGGGAGGAGAGCGAAAGCGAUUUCAGGGAUUCAAGUAGUGAAGGAAGCAGUAGUGAAUCCGAAAGAGGACUUUGUUAUCCAAAAGACCAGAUCUCUGCUAGAAUGGACAAACUCUCGUUAAGAAAGGAGCAUCAAGAAGACUCGUCAAGUGAUGAUGGUGAGCCUUUAAGCUCUCAAGGUCGUUUGAUAUUCGAGUAUCUAGAACGUGAUCUUCCUUACAUCCGUGAACCCUUUGCCGACAAGAUGUCUGACCUUGCCUCUAGAUUUCCCGAGCUGAAGACGCUGAGAAGCUAUGAUUUACUACCUUCAAGCUGGUUUUCUGUGGCAUGGUACCCAAUAUACAAGAUACCCACAGGACCUACCCUCAAGGAUCUGGAUGCUUGUUUCUUGACUUAUCAUUCCCUUCACACACCCUUUCAAGGUCCAGGAGUUACAACAGGGUCUAUGCAUGUGGUGCAGCCAAGGGAAAGUGUUGAGAAGAUGGAACUGCCUGUCUUUGGUCUCGCCUCAUACAAGUUGAGAGGUUCUGUAUGGACAGGCUUCAGGGGAUCUGGACACCAGGUCGCGAACUCCCUCUUCCAAGCCGCAGACAAUUGGCUGAGGUUGCGUCAAGUCAACCAUCCUGAUUUCAUCUUCUUCUGCCGCCGGUAAUGAUAUGAUUAUACUAUGAUGACGAAAAAGGAUAUAGGAAGUUAUAAAAAGGAACUCUUUAU